AUGGCUUCACCCAUUGAUACGGAGAUGACCUCCUGUACAUGCCACCACAAAAAGGCUUUCGUCGGAAUUGAUAUGGGAGCUACUCAUGCCGGGAUCUCGUGCAUUACGUACGUGGAUUGUCAGGCUUGUGGCAAGAAGCACGACAAGGUCCGACAUCACACACUCGUCAACAAGUUUCCAGUGCUGCUCGCCUACGCCUAUGAUUCCAGCCGCCCGGCUUUCCGCUUCGUUGAGACCAAGGGCAACCUGUAUCAUCACGAGACGGCACUCUCUAAUUUCAAACUCCUCCUACCUGAGAUGGACAGCUACCAAAAUCAGUGCCACACAGAAGCUAUCAUUCAGUAUAUCAACAAGACGACACUCGAUGUAGCCACACACCACGGCCAUGGUAUUGUUGUGGAGAUGGUCAAGAAAUAUCUCGAUGGCCUGAUCAAUUUGAUGCUGGAAAAAAUGGCCGAGACAGCCCCAGGUAUUCUGAAAGAGGACAUGAAGAUAAUACUGACCUACCCCAAAUUCUUCCAAUCGUCGACCGGAGAAGCAUUUACGCUGCUCAGUCAGGCGAUUGACUUGCUAGACAUGCAGGGCAUUCUCUCCAUCGAUAAGCUCCCAGAGCACAGUGCUGCUCUCAAGGCGUCUCUUUAUUUCGCAGGCGGGGAUCUGUGGAGACACCAAAUGGCGAAUGCAUGGGUGGUAGUCGCUGACUGCGGUGGCAUGACGAUAGAUGCCGUUUUGUACCGCAUUCCGGCACCAAACACGGCUGAAGACACAACUCAAUUCCACCAACUCAGUUCGAGUCUGGGUGGAGGCGUUUGGGUUGAUCAGGCCAUCGAUAUGUAUGCUAGGCAACACUUAAGAACCUGGCCUGGCGGACAUGAUUACAGCCUAUUCGAGAUGCGUGUUCAGCAAGUCAUGGAUCACUGGCACAGAGUCAUCAAGCCCGAAUUCGAGCCGGACGACAGGUUACCCGCGCUUGCACUCGGCAAUGGUUUGUUCUUUGAGUAUCCCCGGGACGUAAUCAUUAAGGCUUUCAAUGAUGUGAUUGAGAUCAUCUACAAUGCCGUCAGUGAGUUAUGGCAUGCACGCGGACUCAACGGCAUGCAUCCUAAGGGACUCAUCCUAAGCGGGGGCCUGGCGCAGCAAGAAUACCUCAAGGAUCAAUUGUUGGAGAAACUCCGGCGAAAGAUCGAUCGGAACCUCAACAUCAUUCCGGAAAUUCCACAAGAUUCCUGGAAUUGGGUGGCAUCCGGAGCAGCUCUCUCUGGGCUCUCCAGCACAUCCCUAUUUAGUCACUCAGCUGAGUAUGCUGGUUUAGGGAAUUGA